UCGGGUGACAACGGUCAGAGAUGAAGGUGGCCGCGGCGCAGCGGGAAGCUCAGCUGCACCGGGCGCGGUUGGCAGCCAGGCCGGGCCUGUAGGACCUCGGGGCCGGGGUGGCGGGAUGGGGACCCGGCUCGGGUAGUGAGAAGGCUGCGAGCGGAACUUCAGCCAGAGGGGCUCGCCGGCUCCGUCCGGUCAGACUCGGCGUCCUCCUCCACCUGCCGCCGCUGGGCCCCGCGUCCGGCGGGCCACGACGGCUCCGGCGACGGCGGGGGCAUGUGGCGCUGGGUCCGGCAGCAGCUGGGUUUUGACCCACCACAUCAAAGUGACACAAGAACUAUUUACAUAGCCAACAGAUUUCCUCAGAAUGGCCUUUAUACACCUCAGAAAUUUAUAGAUAACCGGAUCAUUUCAUCUAAGUAUACUGUAUGGAAUUUUGUUCCAAAAAAUUUAUUUGAACAGUUCAGAAGAGUGGCAAACUUUUAUUUUCUUAUUAUAUUUUUGGUUCAGCUCAUGAUUGAUACACCUACCAGUCCAAUUACCAGUGGACUUCCAUUAUUCUUUGUGAUAACAGUAACCGCCAUAAAACAGGGUUAUGAAGACUGGUUACGUCAUAAUUCAGAUAAUGAAGUAAACGGAGCUCCCGUUUAUGUUGUUAGAAGUGGUGGCCUUGUAAAAACUAGAUCAAAAAACAUUCGGGUGGGUGACAUUGUCCGUGUAGCCAAAGAUGAAAUUUUCCCUGCAGAUUUGGUGCUUCUGUCCUCAGAUCGCCUUGAUGGUUCGUGUCAUGUGACAACAGCUAGUUUGGAUGGAGAGACGAACCUGAAGACGCAUGUGUCAGUUCCAGAAACAGCAGUAUUACAAACAGUUGCCAACUUGGAUAGUCUCAUAGCUGUGAUAGAAUGCCAGCAGCCAGAAGCAGACUUAUACAGAUUUAUGGGACGAAUGAUAAUAACUCAACAAAUGGAAGAAAUUGUAAGACCUCUGGGACCAGAGAGUCUCUUGCUUCGUGGAGCCAGAUUAAAAAAUACAAAAGAAAUUUUUGGUGUGGCUGUGUACACCGGAAUGGAAACUAAGAUGGCGUUAAAUUACAAGAGCAAGUCACAGAAACGAUCUGCAGUAGAAAAAUCAAUGAACACAUUUUUAAUAAUUUAUUUAAUAAUCCUUAUUUCUGAGGCCAUCAUCAGUACUAUCUUGAAAUAUACCUGGCAAGCUGAAGAAAAAUGGGAUGAACCUUGGUAUAACCAAAAAACAGAACAUCAAAGAAAUAGUAGUAAGAUUUUGAGAUUUAUUUCUGACUUCCUUGCUUUUUUGGUACUCUACAAUUUCAUCAUUCCAAUUUCUCUAUAUGUGACAGUUGAAAUGCAGAAAUUUCUUGGAUCAUUUUUUAUUGGCUGGGAUCUUGAUCUGUAUCAUGAAGAGUCAGAUCAGAAAGCUCAAGUCAAUACUUCUGACCUGAAUGAAGAGCUUGGACAGGUGGAAUAUGUGUUUACAGAUAAAACUGGAACACUGACAGAAAAUGAGAUGCAGUUUCGAGAAUGUUCAAUUAAUGGCAUGAAAUACCAAGAAAUCAAUGGUAGACUUGUACCUGAAGGACCAACACCAGACUCCACAGAAGGAAGCUUGUCUUACCUUGGUGGUUUAUCCCAUCUCAACAACUCAGCACAUGUCACAGCUAGUUCUUCCUUUAAAACCAGUCCUGAAAGUGAAACUGAACUAAUCAAAGAACAUGACCUCUUCUUUAAAGCAGUCAGUCUUUGCCACACUGUACAGAUCAGCAAUGUGCAAACUGAUGGCAUCGGUGAUGGUCCCUGGCAGUCCAACCUAGCACCUGCACAGCUCGAGUACUAUGCAUCUUCACCAGAUGAAAAGGCUCUGGUGGAAGCUGCAGCAAGAGCUGGUAUUAUAUUUAUAGGCAUUUCUGAAGAAACUAUGGAGGUUAAAGUACUUGGAAGACUCGAAAGGUACAAAUUGCUUCAUAUCCUGGAAUUUGAUUCAGAUCGUAGGAGAAUGAGUGUAAUUGUUCAGGCACCUUCAGGUGAGAAGCUUUUAUUUGCUAAAGGAGCAGAAUCUUCAAUUCUCCCUAAAUGUAUAGGUGGAGAAAUAGCAAAAACCAGAAUUCAUGUAGAUGAAUUUGCUUUGAAAGGACUGCGGACACUAUGUAUAGCUUAUAGACAGUUUUCAGCUAAAGAGUAUGACGAUAUAGAUAAGCGCCUAUUUGAGGCCAGGACUGCCUUGCAGCGACGGGAAGAAAAAUUGGCUGAUGUCUUCCAGUACAUUGAGAAGGAUCUGAUAUUACUAGGAGCAACAGCAGUGGAAGACAGACUACAGGAUAAAGUUCGAGAAACUAUUGAAGCAUUGAGAAUGGCUGGUAUCAAAGUAUGGGUACUUACAGGAGACAAGCAUGAAACAGCCGUUAGUGUGAGUUUAUCAUGUGGACACUUCCAUAGAACUAUGAAUAUCCUCGAACUUAUCAACCAGAAAUCAGACAGUGGAUGUGCUGAACAAUUGAGGCAGCUUGCCAGGAGAAUUACAGAAGACCAUGUGAUACAGCAUGGACUGGUAGUAGAUGGGACCAGCUUAUCUCUUGCACUCAGGGAGCAUGAAAAGCUAUUUAUGGAAGUUUGCAGAAACUGUUCAGCUGUAUUAUGUUGUCGUAUGGCACCUUUACAGAAAGCAAAAGUAAUAAGGCUGAUAAAAAUCUCACCUGAGAAACCGAUCACAUUGGCUGUUGGUGAUGGUGCUAAUGAUGUAAGCAUGAUACAAGAAGCUCAUGUUGGCAUAGGAAUCAUGGGUAAAGAAGGAAGACAAGCUGCAAGAAACAGUGACUAUGCAGUGGCUAGAUUUAAAUUCCUCUCCAAGCUACUUUUUGUUCAUGGCCAUUUUUAUUAUAUUAGAAUAGCUACCCUUGUACAGUAUUUUUUUUAUAAGAAUGUGUGCUUUAUCACACCCCAGUUUUUAUAUCAGUUCUACUGUUUGUUUUCUCAACAAACACUAUAUGACAGUGUGUACCUGACUUUAUACAACAUCUGUUUUACUUCCCUACCUGUUCUCAUAUACAGUCUUUUGGAACAACAUAUAGACCCUCAUGUAUUACAGAGCAAGCCUACCCUCUAUCGGGACAUUAGUAAAAACAGCCUCUUGAGCAUUAAAGCAUUUCUUUACUGGACCAUCCUGGGUUUCAGCCAUGCCUUCAUUUUCUUUUUUGGAUCCUAUUUUCUUGUGGGGAAAGAUACAUCUCUGCUCGGAAAUGGCCAGAUGUUUGGAAACUGGACAUUUGGUACUUUGGUCUUCACAGUCAUGGUUAUUACAGUCACGGUAAAGAUGGCUUUGGAAACUCAUUUCUGGACUUGGAUCAACCAUCUCGUUACCUGGGGAUCUAUUAUAUUUUAUUUUAUAUUUUCUUUGUUUUAUGGUGGAAUUCUCUGGCCGUUUUUGAGCUCCCAGAAUAUGUACUUUGUAUUUAUUCAGCUCCUGUCAAGUGGGCCGGUGUGGUUUGCCAUGCUCCUCAUGGUUGUUACUUGUCUAGUUCUUGAUGUUGUGAAGAAAGUGUUUGAUCGACAUCUUCAUCCAACAAGUACAGAAAAGGCACAGCUUGCUGAAGCACGUUCAAGUGUCAAGUGCUUGGACUCCAUGUGCUGUUUCCCAGGAGAGACCCCUUGCACAUCUGUUGGAAGAAUGCUGGAGCGAGUCAUAGGAAGGUGUAGUCCCAACCAUAUCAGCAGGUUGUGGAGUGCAUCGGAUCCUUUCUAUACCAAUGACAGGAGCAUCUUGACUCUCUCCCCAAUGGACUCAUCUACUUGUUAAAGGGACAGUAGGACUCUGUGGGGACAAAUUCACCGGUCCUCAGAUUUGGGGUCAUCAUCCUAUAAAAGGCCACGGUGGCUCUGAAGUUACUUUCUGAAGUCUCUGGAGGAGUUGGGAGCUUCUUGAAGUUCCACGGGAAACAGGAAGUUACAAGAACCCUGCUCUAUUCUUUUUCAUUGGAAUGUGAGCAUACUAAAAUUUGGGAAUAGAGAUACUUCCAAUCUCUUUGACUGGUUUGUCCCUUCUGCUCAUGGGACUCCUGGUGGCAUUGCAGCCUUUGCUGGGGCCACUAUACUUUUAAUAUCAAGGUAGAAGAAAGGGGUAACUCCUGGGUAUGUGUAUUUUUAGGAUUAGUGUGGUUCGGGACUCUUCUAUUUAAAUCUGCUUCUGUAAAUUAUGCUAAAGAUUUGCCUUGAGAACUCUAUUUUUUUUAUUAGAUUAUAUUUGAAGCUUUUCGUGGGGAAAGUUAAUGUGAAUAUUAAAGAAUUUUGGUCCUUCAGUGACCUGUGUUGUUAAUUCAUUAGUGCUUUUUAAGUCACAGAGCAAACUGGGAGAGCACGUUUCUAAGCCUUGUCUUCUGUAGUAUAGGUAGGAAGCUUGUACUGACACCAGACUUCUUUACCAAUACUGUAACACAGCCAGUGAAGCUAAACCCUACAAGUGUGAGAGGAGUCUUACAUCUCAUGUCCAAGUCAGAGCUAGGGCCAUCACUAGACUUUCAAUUGGUGUUUGCUAAUAUUUUUGUGGCCAACUAUUUAAAUCUGUAGUGGGUCAAUUAGAUACCAUUAUCACAUUAAUUUACUGAAUCUGUCUUAUCUUUUGCAUGCUUCAACCUGGCUAAUAUAUUUAAACUGCCCCCCCAUUACCCACUCCCUCUCCAAAGACUCUGUUCAUAAUUUUAUGACAAUGUUGUAAAGUUCAAUUGUAUCAAUAAAAAAACAAGUUUGAACAGUA